GAGGACCGGAGGUGAGGGAGACUGAGAAAGCAGCAGUUCAGCUCACCAGAAGGCUGCCCGCACGUAUCCGUGCAUGUGAACGUGCGCGUCUGAGCUUGGGCAGAGCAGACGGUCGUCAGCACAGACCCUUCCUCCUUGCCCGGCCUCUCUCUCCCUCGCCGCGGUAACCAUGACCAGCCAGCAGGACGCGGGCUUCUUGGAGAUCAGCAUCCGGUCCCUGUUGAAGUCGUGGGGUGGCCCUUCGCCGACUGGAAACCGAUACAACAAGCCCCCUAUCCCCCCAGCGAGCAGCGCCCAGGUGGACCGCAGGGGCCCGCCAGCCAUGACGGCCUUAAGUGUGGAUCCCGAGAGCCGGCCGGGCGAGUACGUCCUCAAAAGCCUGUUUGCCAACUUCACCACGCUGUCGGAGCGCAAGAUCCGCAUUGUCAUGGCCGAGCCCCUGGUAAGUGGUGGCUGUUGCUCUCAUCACCGUUGCCAUUAUCCUCCUCUUUUUUCUUCUUUCCUUUCCAUCUCUCUCUCCUUAUCCCUUCACUCUCUUGCUCUCUCCUUCAGGUUCCCUGCUGUGAAGAAGAGGUUCAUGGCAGAGCUGAAAGAGCUGCGACAGAAGGAGCAGAACCCCUUUGUGGUCCAAAGUACUAUCAGCCUCAUCAUGGGGCUGAAGUUCUUCCGUAUCAAGAUGUAUCCCGUGGAGGACUUUGAGGCCUCUUUCCAGUUCAUGCAGGAGUGUGCCCAGUACUUUCUGGAAGUCAAAGAUAAGGACAUUAGGCAUGCACUGGCGGGGCUCUUCGUGGAGAUCCUGGUGCCUGUGGCUGCGACCGUGAAGAACGAAGUGAACGUGCCAUGCUUGAGGAAUUUUGUGGAGAGUCUCUAUGACACAACCCUUGACCUGUCGACCAGGAAGAAGCAUUCUCUUGCCUUAUACCCACUGGUCACCUGCCUGCUGUGUGUCAGCCAGAAGCAGCUCUUCCUCAGCCGCUGGCAUGUCUUUCUCAACAACUGCCUCUCCAACCUCAAGAACAAGGACCACAAAAUGGCUCGUGUGGCCCUGGAGUCUCUGUAUCGCCUGCUGUGGGUUUACUGUGUCCGGAUCAAGUGUGAGAGCAACACGGCCACGCAGAGCCGCCUGAGCUCCAUCAUCACCACCUUGUUCCCGAAAGGCUCCCGCAGUGUGGUCCCCCGUGACAUGCCCCUCAACAUCUUCGUCAAGAUCAUCCAGUUCAUUGCCCAGGAGCGGCUCGACUUCGCUAUGAAAGAGAUCAUUUUUGACCUGCUGUGUGUGGGAAAACCGGCAAAAGCUUUCAGCCUUAAUCCGGAGAGGAUGAACAUCGGCCUCAGGGCCUUCCUGGUGAUUGCGGACAGCCUGCAGCAGAAGGACGGUGAGCCACCCAUGCCCAACACGUGUGCCACCCUGCCCUCGGGCAACACGCUGAAAAAGAAGAAGACCUAUCUGAGUAAGACCCUGACCGAGGAACAGGCCAAGCUCAUCGGCAUGGCCUUGUACUACUCACAGGUGCGCAAAGCUAUCGACAGCAUCCUCCGACAUCUGGACAAGGAGGUGGGCCGUUGCAUGAUGCUGACCAACGUGCAGAUGUUGAACAAGGAGCCUGAGGACAUGAUCACUGGUGAGAGGAAGCCGAAGAUUGAUCUCUUCAGGACCUGCGUGGCUGCCAUCCCACGCAUCCUCCCAGAGGGCAUGUCCAAGCUGGAGCUCAUUGACCUUCUCUCAAGGCUGACCAUCCACAUGGACGACGAGCUGCGCCUGAUCGCCCAGAAUUCCCUGCAGAGCCUGCUCCUGGACGUGCCGGAGUGGCGUGAGGACGUGCUCUUCGGCUUCACGGGCUUCCUGCUGCGGGAGGUGCAGGACACCCACCACGGCCUGCUGGCCUCCACUGUCAAGCUGCUGCUGCAGCUGCUGGCACAGUGGAGGCUGCUGAUGCAGGCCCCCAGCAAGCCCCGUGCUGCUGAGGGUGGUUCUGGACACCGCCCCCACAUGGACCGGGGGCCCCACAGUGCUGUGCUACAUGCUGUGGAAGGUCUGGCUCUGGUGCUGCUCUGCUCCUGCCAGACCGGCACCCGAAAGCUGGCCGUUGCCGUCCUCCGCGAGGUCCGAUGCCUCUUCGCCAUCAUUGGGCAGACCGAGGAUGAUGAUAAGCCCAUGAUCGAGGUCAUGGACCAGCUGAGCUCUGCAGUGCUGGAGAGCUUCGUCCACGUGGCAGCGUCCGACUCGGCCAGCCAGCCGCUAGGCCACCAUGUGGAUCUCCAAUGGUUGGUGGAGUGGAGCGCCGUGUUGGUCAGCAGCCCCUACGACGUGAGAAGCCCCUCCCACGUGUGGAUCUUCGCUCAAUCGGUGAAGGACCCCUGGGUGCUGUGCCUGUACAGCUUCCUGCGCCAGGAGAACCUGCCGAGGCUGUGUCCCAGCGCGCUGGGCUACGCCUGGCCAUAUGCCUUCACCCGCCUGCAGCUACUCAUGCCCCUGGUGGACCCCAACAGCCCCAUGAACGCCAAGCGGGCGAGCAUGGCAGGCAGCAGCAACGACGCCUACGUCAGCCUGUGGAGGAACUACCUGAUCCUCUGCCUGGGCGUGGCCAAGCCCAGCAUCAUGAGCUCGGGACACCUACGUGCCUCUACGCCCGAGAUCAUGGCCACCACGCCUGACGGCAGCAUCAGCUACGACAACAAGGUGAUGGGGACCCCGUCUGUGGCCUGGCUCCUCAAGCAGCUGGUUCCCCUGAUGAGGGUGGAAAGCAUCGACCUCACAGAGUCGCUGGUGCUGGGCUUCGGCCGUACCAACGCGCUGGUCUUCAGGGAGUUGGUGGAGGAGCUCCACCCUUUAAUGAAGGAGGCGCUGGAACGAAGACCAGAGAACAAGAAACGGCGUGAGAGGCGGGAUCUGCUGCGGCUGCAGCUGCUGCGCAUCUUUGAGCUUCUGGCAGAUUCUGGAGUCAUCAGUGACAGCACCAGCGGGGCCCUAGAACGCGACACCCUGGCCCUGGGGGCCCUCUUCCUGGAGUAUGUGGACCUGACGCGCAUGCUGCUGGAGGCCGAGAACGACAAGGACGUGGAGAUCCUGAAGGACAUCCGGGCUCACUUCAGCGGCAUGGUGGCCAACCUCAUCCAGUGUGUCCCCGUCCACCACCGCCGCUUCCUGUUCCCCCAGCCGAGCCUGCGGCACCACCUCUUCAUCCUGUUCUCCCAGUGGGCGGGGCCCUUCAGCGUCAUGUUCACCCCGCUGGACCGAUACAGUGACCGCAAUCACCAGAUCACCCGUUACCAGUACUGCGCCCUUAAGGCCAUGUCCGCUGUGCUGUGCUGUGGGCCCGUGUUCGACAACGUGGGCCUCUCACCGGACGGAUACCUGUACAAGUGGCUGGACAACAUCCUGGCCUGCCCUGACCUCCGGGUUCACCGACUUGGCUGUGAGGUGGUGGUCUUACUCCUGGAGCUCAACCCAGACCAAGUUAACCUCUUUAACUGGGCAGUAGAUCGCUGCUUCACAGGCUCCUACCAGCUUGCCUCAGGCUGCUUCAAGGCCAUUGCUACGGUCUGUGGAAGCAGAAACUAUCCGUGUGACAUAGUUACGCUUCUCAACUUGGUGCUUUUUAAGUCCUCAGACACCAACAGGGAUAUCUAUGAGAUUUCAAUGCAGCUGAUGCAGAUCCUGGAGACGAAGCUCUCUGUGUACUCCAAGAAGAUCAUGGAACAGAGGUCCAACAGCGUGCUGUACGGCACCCACGGUCCCCUGCCCCCGCUGUACAGUGUCUCCCUGGCCCAACUCUCCAGCCAGUUGGCCAGGAUGUAUCCUCAGCUCACACUACCGCUCUUCUCAGAGGUGAGCCAGCGGUUCCCCACCACCCACCCCAAUGGUCGCCAGAUCAUGCUCACUUAUCUUCUGCCAUGGCUUCACAACAUCGAACUGGUGGACAGCGGUCUGCUGCCGGCCUCCAGCCCCUGUACCCCCGAGGACGAGACCCACAUCCAGGCCGGAAGCCUGGGCCUCACACACUGGCUCAAGGGCAGCGGCUGGGGCUCACUGCAGGCCACCUCGCUGGUCCUCAACAACCUUAUGUUUAUGACCGCCAAGUACGGCGAUGAGGCUCCGGGCCCGGAGAUGGAAAAUGCCUGGAACGCCUUGGUCAGCAACGACACGUGGAACAGCAACCUGCGCACCACCCUGCAGUUCCUCACCAGUCUGUGCGGCGUCAGCAGCGACACCACCCUGCUGCCCCACAUCAAGAAGGUGGUGAUCUACCUGUGCAGGAACAACACCAUCCAAACCAUGGAGGAGCUGCUGUUUGAACUGCAGCAGACGGACCCUGUGAACCCAGUGGUGCUGCACUGUGACAACCCGCCCUUCUACCGCUUUGCGGCCAGUAACAAAGCCUCGGCAGCAGCCUCUGGCACGACGUCCAGCAGCAACACGGUUCUGGCCGGACAGGAGAGCUUACCGGACACAGACGAGACCAAAGUGGCCCGGGAGACGGAGGAGAGGCUUUCUAGUGUGGUGAAGGCCCACAACAGACUGGAAUCUCGCAACAGCAACAGUUCUGGGGGGUCCUAUGAUGAUGAGAAAAGUGACCCGCUGCCGCCUUAUGCCGGGUGGCUGCUGAGUGUGCUGGAGAGCAAUCUGCCACAACCGUUACCCAUGCCAACAAAUGGGGGGUGCUGGGCACCGUUGGUGGAUUACCUGCCUGAGACCAUCUCUUCACGAUCACCUCUACACAGGUGCAACAUUGCAGUCAUCUUUAUGACAGAGAUGGUGGUCGACCACAGUGUAAGGGAGGACUGGGCCUUGCACUUGCCACUGCUCUUACAUGCUCUCUUUUUGGGCCUGGACCACUACCGGCCAGAGGUGUUCGAGCACAGCAAGCGCCUCCUUCUGCACCUCCUCAUCACGCUCUCCUGCAACAACAGCUUCCAGGUCAUCGCCUCGGUGCUCCUGCUCUCCCGAGAUAUGGGAGGCAGCAGGACACUGACUGUCAGAUCUAGCUACCAGCCUGAGUACCUCUACACAGGUGGCUUUGACUUCCUGCGGGAGUGCCAGGCAUCGCCGGCCGUAGACUCAGGCUUGAGCUCAUCCUCCACCUCGUCAAGCCUCAGUCUGGGAGGCAGUAGCAGUGGGGGGGGGCUGCCUCAGAUCUCCCCAGACCUGGAGGAGCUGGAGGAGUCCUCCACCGAGUCAAUCGAGAAGACCAACAAACUUAUAGAGUUCCUCACCACAAGGACGUUUGGGCCACUUUGGUGCCACGAGGACAUCUCGCCCCGCAACCCCAACUCCAAGAGUGCAGAGCAGCUGUCCAACUUCCUGCGUCAUUUGGUUUCAGUCUUCAAGGAGUCCAAGUCAGACUUCCACCUGGAGCAGCAGCUGAGCGACGUGACCCUGCAGACGGCCCUGUGCAGCUCCUCGCGCCACUACGCCGGCCGCUCCUUCCAGAUGUUCCGGGCGCUGCGGCAGCCGCUUUCGGCCCGCGGCAUGUCGGACCUGCUGUCCCGCCUGGUGGAGGUGGUCGGGGAACAUGGGGACGAGGUGCAAGGCUACGUGAUGGAGAUCCUCCUCACUCUGGAGGCUGUGGUAGACAACUUGGCGGAGUGUCUCAAGAACAAUGAGCUGUUGAUGAUUUUGACCAGGUCAUCCUCUCCUGAGUUCCAGGCGUGUGGGAAGCUGAACUCCAACCGAAAGAGCACAGGCCAGCUGAAUUUGCUGCAGGGUGGGGGGAGUACGGCCGAGCGCAGUCGCCACCAACGCAGCUACUCAGUGCCCAAGAAGUUCGGGGAGAGCGGGGAGCAGUCUGGCUCGGAUCCGCCCCGCAGUGCCACUCUGGACCGCAUUCAGGCCUGCACCCAGCUUGGCGUGGGCGGCGUGCCGGGGGGGUCUCCCCGCAGCUCGUCCUGCUCCUCCUCCAGGGACGAGGCGUCCGCUCUCAGCAGGGACCCCAGCCACGCCAGUCACCCCGGCAACCUGCUGGCCACCGCCUUCUGGGUGGCGGUGUCGCUGAUGGAGUCCGACUUUGAGUUCGAGUACCAGAUGGCCCUGCGGCUGGUGCACAAACUUCUGGCUCGUGUGCCCCUGGACCGUCCUGAGAACCGGGACCGGUUGGAGAAGCUGCAAGCUCAACUGCGUUGGAGCGGAUUCCCCGGCCUCCAACAGCUUCUGGUCAAGGGCUUCACCUCGUCCGCCACGGCCGAUGUCACACUGCAGCUCUUCUGCCAGCUCACGCCCGUGUCCCGUGUCCCAGUGGUGGACACCUCCCAAGCCAUUGGUUUCCCACUUAACAUCCUGUGCCUGCUUCCGCACCUGAUCCAACACUUUGAUAGCCCCACCCAGUUCUGCAGGGAGAGUGCAGAGAGGAUCGCUCAGGUGUGUCUGGAGGAGAAGAAUACCAAGCUGUCACACCUGGCACAUGUGAUGACGCUGUAUAAGAAGCACUCAUACACUCGAGACCCCUUCUCCUGGGUCAGCGUGGUGUGCCGAUACCUGCACGAAGCCUUUCCGGACAUCACUCUCAACAUGGUCACCUACAUGGCAGAGCUGUUGGAGAAAGGACUUCCCAGCAUGCAACAGCCGCUACUGCAGAUCAUAUACAGCCUGCUGAGUCACAUGGACCUCACUGGAAUUCAAUUCAAGCUGUUUAACGUCGAGGUGCUGAAAACCAUUGAGAAGUUUGUGCAGACUGUGCACUGGAAGGAGGCCCUCAAUAUCUUGAAGCUGGUGGUGUCUCGGUCUGCUAGCCUGGCCCUGCCGUCCUAUCCCCAUGGUGAUUCGGCACGCCUGGACGUCGGGAGGAUGUGGAACGGUUCCCCCAAAGGCCUACCAGGGAAGACGCUGGACUUCCAUUUCGACAUCUCUGAGACGCCAGUGAUUGGCAGGAGGUUCGAUGAGCUGCAAGGCUCAGCAGGGCGGGAUGGAAAGGCCCGGGCCAUUGCAGUGACCCGAAGCACCUCAUCCACGUCCUCGGGAUCCAACUCCAACAGCGUGCUGGUGCCGGUCAGCUGGAAGCGGCCACAGUCGUCGCAGAAGAGGACCCGGGAGAAGCUGGUGAACGUUCUCUCUCUGUGCGGACAGGAAGUGGGACUCAGCAAAAAUCCAUCGGUGAUCUUCUCGUCCUGUGGAGACCUGGAUAUGAUGGAGCACCAGCCCAGCCAGGUGUCCUCAGAGGAAGGGGGGCGGGACCAGGACAACAUGGAUGACACCACCUCCGAGCAGCAGUUCCGCGUCUUCCGGGACUUCGACUUCUUGGACGUGGAACUGGAGGACGGAGAGGGCGAAAGCAUGGACAACUUCAACUGGGGUGUGCGGAGGCGCUCGCUGGAUGGUGGGGACCUGCAGGACCUGCUGGAGGAGGGCCAGACAGAGGGGGGGCCCCCUGGGCUGGGGGAGACCACACGUGAGGACUCAGAUGAGUCCUCGGAAGAAGAGUCGCUCUCUACCAGCCAAAUCUUGUCACGAUCUCAGCUCGAGAUGAACCUUUCUCCCUCUGAGGAGACCACCAACACAGACUCCCUCUCCCCGUCUCUGGACACCACCUCAGCCGAACCGCUGUCUCUCAACACCGGGACCCCAAGCAUCGAGGUGUCCCUGGUGGAGGACUCUGGGCCACAGGCCGAGGUGUCGGCGGAUGACGAGGACAGCAAUGCCCACGACGACGACCUGUCGCUGUCUGUCAGCGAGCCGCCGCCGGGCUUCGAUGGCAGCGACAGCUUUGCCUUGGACGUGGAGCAGGGCCGCAACCACGGAGAGCUGGAACUGGAUGCCAGCCUGGCGCAAGCUGGUGACGAGUUCCCGCGGCCUUCACCGCCGCCCUCGCCGUUCUUCUCCGCCAUCCUGGCCGCCUUCCAGCCAGCAGCCUGUGACGACGUCGAGGAAGCCUGGCGCUGCCACAUCAGCCGGCUGGUGUCUGACUCGGACGGCUCCUGCGCCGUCUACACCUUCCAUGUGUUCUCCUCGCUUUUCCAGAACAUCCAGAACAAAUUCUGCUCUUUGACCCGCGAUGCUGCUGGUUACCUUGGAGACAGUCUUCGGGGCAUCGGGUCCAAGUUCAUGAGCUCCUCCCACAUGUUAACCUCAUGCUCCGAGUGCCCCGCCCUGUUCGUCGACGCCGACACUAUAAUCUCUUAUGGAUUGCUGGAGAAGAUGAAGUUCAGCGUGCUGGAGCUGCAGGAGUAUCUAGACACCUACAACAACAGGGAGGAGGCAGCCAUCUCAUGGCUGCAAAACUGCAAGGCCAGUUUUCCUCAAGGUCCCGGUGACGGUGUGAUCACUUCCCAGCCAGGGGACUCCAUGGAGAAGCAACUGGAGCUGUGUCAGAGGCUCUACAAGCUCCACUUUCAGCUGCUGCUGCUCUUCCAGUCCUACUGUAAGCUGGUUGGUCAAGUGCACACCAUCAGCACCGUGCCAGAGCUGCUAAACAUGUCGCGGGAGCUGAGCGAGCUGAGGACUGCCCUUAGGGCAGCAGCAGCAGGCUUGGAGGCGCAGGGCCCUGGGUGUCCCUCCGCAGCGCCCACAUUCCCGUCCUCCGAGGCGGCCGUGCAGGCCGUGCUGGAAUGUCUGCGGAGCCACCAGCUGGCCAGCGCCAUCCGGUACAUCCGCGAGUGCAGGACCAUGUGGCCCAACGACAUCUUUGGCAGCUGCUCUGAGGACGAGGUCCAGACCCUGCUGAACAUCUACUUCCGGCAUCAGACCCUGGGUCAGACGGGCACCUAUGCGCUGGUCGGAUCUAGCCAGGAUUUGUCCCAAAUUUGUGUCCAGCUCAUGGAGCUCAACAGUGAAAUCCAGGACAUGGUCCGACGGGCCCGGAACUACCGAGUCGUCACGGCCUACAUCCCUGACUCUAGUGUGUUUGGCACGAGCCUCUGACAGGGGGUGUGGCUUUCUUGGCCCUGCCUCUCCCCAGCCCUGGUGGGAGCACCCUCCUGGCCACCGAGUACCCUGAGUCUUCCCCUUCCAUCUGGGGGUGUCCCAUAGUCCCCGCUUUGCCAUAGAUAGGGGCCAGUCGAGGGCUUAAAAAGGGGGUUCCUGUGUGGUGGUCGUGCCUACCUUACUGUGGAUCAACGUCAAUGAUGCGCUGAGGUAGUGCACCACCCGUGCCAGGUUCCACGCCAGGGCGCUGCUGAUGGUCAGCGCCUCUGCAUCUGACGGAGGAGACACCAAAGUUUAAAAAUAUAUGUGUAUGAAAAACAAUGUGCUUCUGCAGACAUUCACUUUAUUGGACCGCUUCUGGGGGAACCUGCAAGGCUUUGGUGCCGUGUGCACCGUUUUGGUGCCGUGUGCACCGUUUACUGUCACACGCAGGCAACACUGAGGAUCCCAGCUUGGCUCUUUGAAUGUUUGGAGAAUUAGGUGACUGGUCUGGUUACAUCAGACUUUAUAUAUAUGUGUAUAUGUUUUAUAGCUUAGCCAUUGUUAAGUGCUUGCACUCAUGAAGCUGUCUGGCAGCAAAACACUGUCCAUCGUACACUGUAGCGCAUCAACUUGUGCAUAAUUGCGUGUAGCUACUUUCCAAUUCACCAAACUCCAACUCUGAAACUACCAUUUCUCAGUCAGCUAGGCGAUUUAAGUGAUCCUGUCCGUCAUACUGUCGGCCUCCUGUUAUUACUGCUUUUAGAAUUGCUAUUUAUAUUGAGAAACGGAGAUGUCAGACUUAAGGUUUUUACACAAUAAAAUGUGUCCGUCGAUGCUGCCACGCAUGUACACUGUAUGAACAGCGAUUCCUGUCACAGAUAUUUAUUAAACUUGUAGCUCUGUUGAAAGAUGCAUCUGUAUAUGAGAGUGUUCUCAGGUUUAUUUCAAACAUAAAGUUUGUCUGGUACAGAGCCCCUGAACGGACUUGUGGAAAAAAAAAUUAAAUACUCUAUCGCGUGCGCAUGCGAAUGAGCAUUUAAUUUUUGUGCACAGGUCCCUACAGGGGCUUCGUAGUCCGAUCAUAGGAAGUGUAAAAAAAUAUAAGCACAUUUUUUCUUCCAUGAAGGUUUUUUUCCUCCUUGUAAAUACUUUUUCAGCUUAAAAGUGAUUUGAAUCAAUGGACUGUACGCACAUCUUCCCCAUUCGACAGUCUGAAAUAGCGUUGCUGUUUUGGUGUUGGGUCUCCAUGCCAGUGUUCAUGUUUGGUAUAAAGACCCUCUUGGACA